CUGCUCGGAAAACUGCUCCGCUCAGCUCAGCUCUUAGUUCCCGUUAUCGAAGUUUGCUGCAGCCCAGUUCUUCAUCUAGUUUCCAAGCUCUCUCGCAGGCGCUACUCUCACGCACCCACACAGCCACACGAGCCACAGCUGAGCGAGCGCAAACAGACACACACACACAUAGAGAGAGGCACGCGGCGGCAGAGAGCCAAGGCAAAAGCAGCAGCAGAAGCACAGUUCAGUUGCUGGACAAAUUUUUCGACUCGCACAUCGGACCAAAGGAGGCGCGGAUAAAGAACACGGAACUCGGAGCAGGCAGCAGAAAAGACAGAAAAGCGAGAAAAUAACUUAAAGGCCAGCCAUCUCAGCACUUGAAACUCCGCCAUAUGUAGCCAAGAAUUUUCGGAAAGGAAAAGAAAGGAAAGAACUCUGUCCAAAACAACAAACGUCUAGAAUUAAAAACAAAAAAUAACAACCAUGUGCUGUGUUUAAACUAAUAAGAUUUCCCAAGCCGAGCGCAGAGAGUGACAGAGAAAGAGAGAUAGAGAGGGCGAGAGCUGAACGGAGCGGCGAUUUCCGUUGAUUUUGUAGCAUGUAUUAAAUUGAAAUGUUUAACUAGAAUAACAAAUUUAGUUGUUGAUACUUUUCCAAUUGUUUGUUAUAAACGCUGUCGCUGGAAAAUCGAACUCUCACAAAAGCCACAUACACACACAUACACCCGCGAAAUAAAAUCAAAUUCUUGUGAUUAAAGUGCAUUUCUAAUACGUACGCAAUACAUACACAACAUAUAUAUUUUGUACGUUUAAUCCAACUAUCCCAAAACACACACACACAUACGCGCACGCAAUUAAUUAAUUAAAAAAAAAAACGCAACGAAAGUCCGUCGAAAUCAGAAGUGGAAUCAAAGUCUAGAAGAACUCUUAUUUUGAAUAAAGAAAACAUUCAAAACCCGCAAAAAGGAGCCCAAGGAAGCAGCGGCGGCGAACUCUAUGAAGAUGGAAGUGCUCUCAGUACAAAAUCACAUUCAGGGAAAAUUCGGUGUUAAUAAAAUUAAAGACUGGCAAGCUGCAACGGCACCGCUGGAGGUGGAGGAGGAGGAGGAGGAGUUGAACGUGUCCGGAAACGGGAACACAGCCGCCGGCGACCUGGACGUCGAUGUGGUUGACGGCCAUCCGGCCUCCGUGUUGCACAUGCGGCAGCAUCAGGCGCUCAAUACGCGUCCACCCAGUGGUGCGCCCGCUGCGGCUGGCAGUGGUUCCCUAACCGGAGGAGCCGGCCCUGGGCCAGGCGGCGGUGGAACAACCACACCCAAGCAGGCCACUUCAGCUGUGGCUGCUGCCAGCUUCGAGGCGCCCAUCAGUGGCGGCAGUGCUGCUGCCUAUCACCACGCCUACAUGACCAACUUGCUGACCAGCACCACUCAGCAGCAUCAGCAUCAUCAUUAUCACCACCCUCUACCGGCUUCGCCGCUGCAAUCGACGGCUGGAGCACGAUUUGGAGCUGCGGACAACCUGGAUGAUGUGAGCGCCAGUGCUGUGCGAGAGCUGUCGGGACAGCUGCAGGCCCAGCUAAGGGAUGCCAAGCGUCGUCACUUGGCCUGCACGGAGGUAACGCUGCCCAACGACCUCACCCGACGCAUUGCAGCCGAAAUCAUUCGCAUGUCGGAGCGAGAGCCAUGUGGCGAGCGGGCUUGCACCCUCUUCAUUGAGUUCGAGAGUGAGCCAAAUAAUGUGAGGCGCAUUGCUUCGUUCAAAGUGGAUCCGGAAACUGUGUCGAUAUUUGAGCUAUACUUGACGCUGAGGCAGGGCAAGAGCGGCUGGACAUCCCUGCUGCCGCAGUUUAUCAAAAACCUCACACGAAGCAAUACCAUCAACAUUAGCCCCGAUUUCACGCUGACCAAGAACAAGCUCUAUUCAUCUGAGUGAGGCGCUCGAAGGAGCAGUGGCAGGGAUUCGCUGGACUGCUCAGAACGAACUCAAUCCCUCCGAACAACAACAACAACAACAACAACCAGAACAGUAAAGCAGCAACA